AUGGACGAGAGACUUCCUCUCAUAAAGAGGGAUAAUAGCUCUUUGCAGCAAAAGAAAAUUUCACAUAAAUCGGAAUACACUAAAGCAAAAUUAUCGUUAUUUGUGAUGAUUAAUUAUUUUGCUAUAGAAUUCGCUGGAUUGACUCAACCUCAGUAUAUAUAUUCGUAUCUAGAAAAUGCACGCGAAUCUAACAACACUUCUGUUGAUAUGCAUAACAACAUUUCUAGCAAUCAUCUAAACAAUUGCUUUAACAAAAGUUCAUCUUCUGCAGACGAGUCUCGAGAACAAGCCUCUUCCUGGACAUGGUACAUAUCAUUGGCGGAAUAUGGAGUUGCAUUUCCGGUUUUAUUCUAUAUUGGACCAUUAACUGACAGGAUCGGUCGAAAGCCACUUUUAUUAUAUAAUACAGUGAUGGUUUUUAUAGCGUUUGUUUUGAAGACUAUAGUUGUGUAUGGAAGGUUUCCUUUGCAGUAUUACGUAGCUGCUAGUGCGAUAGAGGGCCUUGCUGGUACCCCUUUUGCGUUCAAUCUGAUUAAUCACGCAAUCAUUGCAGAUACAACAACACUGGGUAAUGAUCGACCUUUAAUGAUGAUGGUAUAUGAUGCUCUCCUAGGAUUGGGAGCAAUCUGUUCUAAUAUAGGAACUGGAUACCUAAUUCAAUUGCUUGGAUUUACAUAUCUGUACCUGGCUUCAAGUGGUUUGCUUUUAAUUCUUCCUAUUCUGAUUUUGUUUACUUUAGAAGAGACAUGGAAACCCCCGAAAGAAAAAUCAAAAACAUCCGUUUUCAAAUUACCAAUUAAGAAUUUAACAUUAUGUUUUAAGAGACAACACGUAAGUAAUAAGUUAGGAUAUUUUAUCGCUAAUCUAUUUAUAUUACUUCUUGUUUUAUUUCCGUAUACCUCUAUUUCUUCUAUACUAACAUUGUUCCUAUUAGGAGAACCAUUUUGCUGGACCUCAGAACAUAUUGGUUGGUACAAUGCAGGAGUAGAUUUUGUGAAAUAUAUUGGGGGAACCACAAUGUUGAAGAUUAUGCACUCGUGUUGUGUUUGGUUAAAAGAUGAAAUCAUUAUAGUUUUUGCCAUGUUGUCCUCAAUUGCCUAUUUAAUACUAAUGGGAUUUUCUAACAACGACUGGAUGGUAUAUGGAGCUGGGUCUGCUGCGAUAUUUCGAGUUUUGAGCAUUCCAUUACUUAAAGCGACACUCUCACGGAAGGUUAAUCCAACCAAACAGGGGGUGAUGUUUUCCAAUGUGUAUUUGUUUGAAGUAUUGAGCGUAUUAUCAGGAACAACUGUGUUUAAUAAUAUAUAUAGACAAACUUUGAACAUAUACAGAGGAUUCAUAUUUUUUGUAAUGGCCGGCUUUCCUGUUUGCGGUCUUAUAUUAAUGGGAUUUGUUUCUUGUUUCGAUUCAACAACAAUACAGAAAGAACUAGUGAUUGAAAAGGUUGAUAUUCAGGUUCCAUCCAGUGAAAACGAUGUAAAGGCUGUUCAAAUUACUCAGAUAUAA